AUGGCGGAUUUCCGGGCGUUGCCGGAGGAGGUCGUGCUCCUCAUCUUGCAGAGAGUGGUGGCGUCAUCUGGGCAGGACUUCGUCAGCGUCAGCCUUGUGUCCAAGCAGUUUAGAAAGCUUGCGCGCGACACGCACUGUGCGUUCUUCGAAUCGAGGCUGGGGCGGACGCGCUCAGCGGAGAAGGACAAAGUGCACUCUUUUGUUGCCUUCCUGAAAGGACGCGAGGACUUGGAGAGCCUGACCUUAAAAGACGUGGCAUGGUUGCACGUGCCUCUGCUGAGAAAGCGCAUUUCGAAGCUGCCAAACGCGUUCUACGACGACGCCCGAUGUCCAUUGAAUGAGGCAAUCGGAACACUUCAUUCGUUGGUAGAGCUUCGGAUGUCUGAGAACAAGUGGUGGCUGCCGGUUAGCCUUGAGAGUCUCACUUCGCUUACGAGCUUGGACUUGUCGGGCAGCAAGCUGAACGGUCGAGAAAAAGUCCUGAGUGUCCAAAGCCUUGGGCAGCUUCGAGCUCUAACAGCCCUCGACCUAUCAAACAACCCAGUUGGCUUCGAAGGCGCCCAGUCGCUAGCUCCCGUUCUGCAAAGCCUCCCAGCCCUGAAAAGCCUGAAACUAGAAGCGAGAACGGAGUACAACAUCGGUCUGUGCUACUACAACGGAAAAGGUGUGGCUGAAGACGAAGAAGCGGGGGUUCGGUGGUUCAGGAAAGCCGCGGAACGCGGCAAUGCUGACGGUCAGAACCACCUGGGCUGGUGCUAUCUGCACGGAAGUGGCGUGGAAACCGAUCUGGCACGUGCUGAGAAGUGGCUCACGAAGGCUGCGGAACAAGACCAUUCAGACGCGCAGUGCAGCCUCGGGUCGCUGUUCAAGUUGGCUGCGAAACCGGAUUACGCUCGCUCACUUAAGUGGUACACUGAAAGGGUGCAGAAAAUGGCCAUGCAUAAGCGGCGCUCGGCGUUGCCUCGGCCUACGCUACCGGGAAAGGCGUCGACCGAGAUUCCGAAAUGGCUGCGCGGUGAUACAGAGAGGUUGCCGACCAAGGCAACUCCCAGGCGCAAUGGAUCUUGGGCAUGUGCUAUCACGACGGCAGAGGGGUGGAAAGAGACGACGACAGCGCGCUGGAGUGGCUUGGGAGGGCAGCCAAUCAAGGGUAUCCUCUCGCGCAGCACUGGCUAG